CAUUGAUCCGUUAUACCUUUUCUCAGAUUUUGGAUUUGUGACUGAUUGGUUGCUUGGUUCCACGUGCUUGUCAACUUGUUUGGCUGUUUAGGUAUUAAAAAAUGCAAAUAUUUGUGAAGACUCUCACUGGGAAGACUAUUACUCUUGAAGUUGAACCCUCAGAUACUAUUGAAAACGUCAAGUCUAAGAUUCAAGACAAGGAAGGCAUUCCCCCAGACCAACAACGUUUGAUUUUUGCUGGUAAACAGUUGGAAGAUGGCCGUACUUUGUCAGACUACAAUAUUCAAAAAGAGUCUACCCUUCACUUGGUGUUGCGUUUGAGGGGAGGCAUGCAAAUAUUUGUGAAGACUCUCACUGGGAAGACUAUUACUCUUGAAGUUGAACCCUCAGAUACUAUUGAAAACGUCAAGUCUAAGAUUCAAGACAAGGAAGGUAUUCCCCCAGACCAACAACGUUUGAUUUUUGCUGGUAAACAGUUGGAAGAUGGUCGUACUUUGUCAGACUAUAAUAUUCAAAAAGAGUCUACCCUUCACUUGGUGUUGCGUUUGAGGGGAGGCAUGCAGAUAUUUGUGAAGACUCUCACUGGGAAGACUAUUACUCUUGAAGUUGAACCCUCAGAUACUAUUGAAAAUGUCAAGUCCAAGAUUCAAGACAAGGAAGGUAUUCCCCCAGACCAACAACGUUUGAUUUUUGCUGGUAAACAGUUGGAAGAUGGUCGUACUUUGUCAGACUAUAAUAUUCAAAAAGAGUCUACCCUUCACUUGGUGUUGCGUUUGAGGGGAGGACUCUAAGUGUGUUUGCUUUUUGCGAAACUUUUAGUAUUGAGUGCUUUGCUUGAGUGAAUAAAUGUUUGUUUGUGGUUAUUGCAAGUUUUUCUAUUUUUAUGUCAAUAAUAAUAUUUCAACGGGUCAAUAGCUUUAU